AUUCAAUAAUUUCAUCCUCUAUAUAACUCAUCUACCCCUCAGUUCCCUUACCUUCUUUCUUUCUCGCCUCCUCCUUUUUGGCCUCUUCUUUCCAUGUCCGUUUUUCUCUCCAAUUUUGUUCUUCACUUGCUCCAUGCUUUCUUCUAACUGCCAUUUCCAGGCGUUUUAUUUAGUGAUUUCUAGUUGAUUCACGUUUCAUGUAAAUACCGCGUAAAUACAUACAAUUAAUCAAGAGAUUAGACAAAGGAGAGAGAAAGUUGAAUCAUCUGUGAUCUGAAGGAUGAAUUUCUGUGGGAUCCAGCAAAACGGUGUAGCAUCUCGUGAAGAGAUGAUGAGCUUCGUUUCCUUUUCUGGUGGUCGUAAUAUAGAUCGAAAAGACUCGGUGGUUUGCCCCAAACCUCGCCGUGUCGGCGCCCUUAACACCACCUUCAACGACUCUUCUAGGCCUCCUAUCCGUUGGCACUUUGGGCAUCAUUCAGAAAUAUCUGAUUCCAGAGCUGGGUCUGAGCUGUUAGACAUAAUCCUUAGUAAGGGUGUUCAUGGUGCUGAAAGGCCAAGCAUGCCAGUAGCUUCAUCGCCCCCAUUUUUCUGCGGGUCGCCACCAAGUAGAGUCUCUAACCCAUUAAUUCAGGACGCUCGAUUCAGGGAGGAAAAACAGCUAAUUCCUCCAUUUUCACCAUUACCAUCACCAUCGCUGAUACAGAUUACUGCUCCAGGAUCUAUGUCCUCUCCCAACUCCUCCUCCACAAGGAAAGGGGGAUGUAACAGGGCGAAUUUUGGUAACAAUCCUUCAGUUAGAGUUGAAGGGUUUGAUUGCCUUGACAGGGACAGCAGGAACUGCAGCAUCCCUGCUUUGGCUUAGUAAUCCAAUCCCAUCAUCUUAAAAAAAAAGUACAUAUAGUGAACAUCAAAACAGAAAAAAAGCCUUUAAAGGCGAAAGUAUAACAUUUUAGCGAGGGGAAAAGAUAGCAGCAGCAUGAGAAGAAUUUUGAUAAUUUCUCAGAGCAAAGAGAUUGAAGAGUUUUGAUUUUGCAGUGUAAAUAUGGAGUUUGUUUAGAAGGGGUUCCUUUUUUGUAAGUAAAUAAAUCCCAUGUAAGUAGUUUUGACUUAAAAUAAGGUUGGGAAGAGUUAGAGUCUGGUGGUAGUUUUCUAAGUGAGAAAUUUGGUUGUUUUAUUUUCUGUUUUUCUUCUCUUUUUGAGUCAAUGUGAAUACGAGGGAGGGAAUUCUUUCUGGUAUUUGUGGUUUAUGUGGGAAGAAAAGAAGUUUGUAUAAAAGCUGUUUUUGUUAAGGAUGUCUUUUUACUAAACUAGUAGUAAUAGGUCAGUGUAAAUAUGAAGCCCUUUGAGGGUCUUUUUACUAGUAAGUACGGAGUAUGGUAUUGUUAUUUAUGUUA